AAAAUUCCGGUCGCUGACAUUGAAUAUGAGAGUGGAAAGAAACCCCUCCUCUGCUUCUCUCCCAUUUCGUCUUCUCCGCGUCGGUGCAUUUUCGUUUCAGAUCUAAAAGCUACGUAAAACCUUCGAAGAUCUCUGGAUUCCCUUCAUUUUCUCGUCAAAUCCCAUCUCUCCAUCAAAAUAUCAAUCGAUCUCCGUCUCCCCCCAUCCAUUUCGACCUCGAUUUCACCCAUUUCGGCCAUUUUUUAAAAAUCUAUUCACGAAAUCGCCUAAAUGUCGUUUUAAAAUAUCGUUUCAAUUGCUAAAAUCUCGUUUAUAGGGUUUCAGAUCUUGUGUUCGUAGCUGAAUCGAUUUCAAUUCGGUUAAAUUCAACGUGACAUGCCAAGUUAAGGGAGAAACCCUAGAAAUAGAGAUCGAGCCGAUCUGUUCUCUUUUAUUUUUGCUCAAUCUGAGAAAUUCCUUUUCGUUUAUUUUUCCUGAAAAUGUUGAUGAAAUCGGCACAAUCGUCCUAUCGCGACCGCACUCAAGAGUUUCUAACAGCAGUGGAGAGGCUAAAGAAGUCAUUUAAUUCUUCUGCAUCCGUGGCGGCAGGGAAUAAUGUAUCGAGUAGCAUUGGCAAUGCGAGACCAGAUGGGCCCCGCGGAUCGACGAUCUCAAUCCAAUCGGAGUUCAACAAGAGAGCUUCUAAGAUCGGGUUCGGGAUACACCAAACGUCUCAGAAGCUGGCGAAGCUUGCAAAAUUGGCGAAGAGGACAUCAGUUUUUGAUGAUCCAACUGUUGAGAUACAGGAGCUGACGGCCGUUAUCAAGCAGGAUAUUACUGUGUUGAACUCAGCAGUGUUAGACCUGCAAGUAGUCUGCAAUUCACAGAAUGAAAGCGGGAACAUAACCAGCGACACUACCAGUCAUUCAACCACCGUUGUGGAUAAUCUGAAGAACCGUCUGAUGAGCGCUACAAAAGAGUUCAAGGAAGUUCUAACCAUGCGAACAGAGAAUAUAAAAGUCCAUGAGAACAGAAGGCAGUUAUUUUCCUCCACCGCUUCAACGGAUGCAACCAACCCUUUCAUACGGCAGCGUCCUCUUGCUGCCAAGGCUGCUGCUAAUGCCUCAACUGCCCCCCCUCCUCCAUGGGCAAAUGACUCAACAUCCUCAUCUCAGUUAUUUCCAAGGAAGCAGAUGAAUGGUGAACCAGCGUCACAAACCCCGCCAUUGAUACAACAGCAGCAGCAACUGGUUCCAGUACAAGACAAUUACAUGCAGAGCAGAGCUGAAGCUCUUCAAAAUGUUGAAUCGACUAUUCAUGAGCUUAGUAACAUCUUUACACAAUUGGCAACCAUGGUUUCUCAGCAAGGAGAGCUUGCCAUCAGGAUCGACGAGAACAUGGAUGACACGUUGGCAAACGUAGAGGGAGCCCAAGGGGCAUUGCUCAAAUACCUCAAUGGGAUAUCCUCAAACCGGUGGCUGAUGAUCAAGAUAUUCUUUGUAUUGGUAGUAUUCCUUAUGAUCUUCCUAUUUUUUGUUGCAUAAUAAUGGAAUAGCAAUAAUAGUGAGGCCUCUUUCAUUUGGGCAUCAAUGAUGUAUUACCUGUGUAUUUUUGCAUUUUUGUUUCUUUCUUUCCCAUGUGUGUAUUUUGGAGCUGUGCCCUGGAAGGAAACUCUCCUAUAAUUGUAUCUUGUCAAACAAUAUUUCGAGUACAUACAAAGGUAUAGGCAUAAGAGAAAAGCCACAUUUUAUGAUUUGGAA